UGAAGGUUGUUCUCUUUAUUAGUGACGUGUCAAAAGUCAGUGUCGAAAGUUUGGUAAUUUUUGUGUUGCACCAUUUCAGCAAAAUGGCGACAUUUCUGGCUGUCUUUGGAAUGUUGGUACUGGUUGAAAUAGUGUUUUCUCUCAGCAUUGAUCUUCCAGAAUGCAAUCCACCCGAUUUUCCACAGUGGGGUAAUUACGGACCACGUCAAGACUUUUACGUACCCGGUGACGUCAUCCAUUAUUACUGUGAUACAGAAACAUACAUAGGUGGUAAUUUUUAUAGACGAUGUGAAGACACUGGCGAUUGGACAGGUGAUACGCCAGUAUGCGAUACUCCAACCAAAUUUUCUUCCACCAGUCAGGAUGACGCAGCUGAAGGCACAGCAGAUAGAGCGGUGGACGGGCUGAGAAGCACCUGUACCGGGGAAGGAUCUUCUUGGUGCGGCACUUUCACCACACCCGGAGAGCUCUUCCGCGUGAUGCUCUUCCUCCCCAAAGUGGAGGUGACCUACGAAGUCUUCAUGGUAAAGACGAACGGAACGGAACUAAGUUGUGGAACUAAAAGAGGCAGAAUAGAGAGGCUCGAUUGGGAGUUUCACAACUGCCCAGGUCCGCACAACAGAGAUAUUGUUGGCAUCAAAAUCAAGGCACUAGAUUCUGUUCCCCUGAAGAUCUGUGAAGUUCAAGCAUAUGUACUUACGUCUCCCACUUGCACAGAUCCUCAUUUGAUCGUGGAAAAUGGUCGCUUUCAGUUAAGUCGAAAGCAUGCCUCCCUCGUGUGUGAUACAGGAUACACUCGGAGCCCCACUGCCCGGGUUGACUGCGUUAGAGAUGGCGUUUGGAACAGGAAAAAUCUCUACUGUCUAGAAAGGCAAUGGGAGCUGGAUCAGAAUGAAGGAGGCGGUUCAGAAAGGAACCGUGAACCACUACAAAGUCAAAACAAUAACCGCCGGGAGGUGUGAUGAGCUGACGAUCCUUAAGUAAUGGGAACUACGGCGCAAAAACUGUUAAUUGAAUGGAGGCGAUUAUCUCAGUUUUCAAUUUUGUGAAGUGAAUAGUUUCUACUCAUGUACUUUAUUAAAUGACUGAAAUAUGAUUUUGUUGGAUUUAGAAGAACAAUUUUUUCCGAAUCGAUGGUGAAGGUGCCACCCAACCUUUGAUAUCAAAAAUGACAAGGGGUAGUAAAACUUAAUGUUUUUAUGUCUGGUUACUAGUACCAUCAUACCACAACUCAGUAUCUAACAAUUUUUAUUGAAAGAAAUGCUAGAUGGGGGGUUAAAAACUGAUGCGAAAGUGUAAUAACAUUGCGUUUGUAAAAGAAAAUCGUAAAAAUGGACAUUAGAGGUUGGGUGCUUUCAACGUCGAAGUAGUGACUUAUUAAGUUUGGAAAUUGUAUUAAUUAUUUAUUUGAUGUGUUAAUUUUUUUAUUAGUAAUAAAUUA